GGGCGAAGUCCUUAGGCGGUUUAAGCCUUCUCAUCCUUCGUCGAUCGUUUUAUCGGGCAACAAACGAGGGCCAAAACCCAUUUUCCAGGGAGGCAUAACAGGGGAAAGGAAAAAGAAAGCAAACGAUGUCGGGCAUGGGAGACGGGUACGUGGGCACGGCCCAAGACGCCGUGAGGAUCCGGCGGUUAGAGAAGCAGCGAGAAGCUGAGCGUCGCAAAAUCCAAGAGCUUAAGACCAAGUCGGCCUCCGCCAAGGGCCAACCUGGCCUCCUCCAAUUCGGGUCAAGCACCUCAGAGAUUCUUGAGACUGCAUUUAAGAAGGAGACUGUGGGUUUGGUUACAAGAGAGCAAUAUGUUGAGAAGAGGGUUAAUAUUCAGAAUAAAAUUGAAGAGGAAGAAAAGGAGAAGCUACAAAAGUUACGGCAAGAGGAGGAGGAGCUUCAGUUGGAAAAGCGAAAAAAGAGAAAGAUUAAGGUGAAUCCUCGAUUAUCGUUUGCUGAUGAUAUUGAGAACGGAAGUGAAGAAGAGGACGCUGAAGACAAAGGUUUAGAGUCAAACAGAUUAGUGCAUGGAAAAUUUGGCAAAGAUCCCACGGUGGAAACAAGCUUCUUGCCUGACAGUGAGCGGGAGGCAGAGGAGCAAGCUGAGCGUGAAAGGUUGCGGAAACAGUGGCUUCAUGAACAGGAACAGAUUCGAAAUGAGCCCCUUGAAAUUACUUACAGCUACUGGGAUGGAGCAGGCCAUAGGAGAGUGAUCCAGGUACGCAAAGGUGAUACCAUAGGAGAGUUUCUUAGGGCAGUUCAGCAGCAACUUGCACCUGAGUUUAGGGAAAUCAGAACGACAUCUGUGGAGAAUUUACUUUAUGUGAAAGAAGAUCUCAUCAUUCCCCAUCAACACAGCUUCUAUGAGCUUAUUGUUAACAAGGCUAGGGGCAAAAGUGGACCACUAUUUCACUUUGAUGUGCAUGAGGAUGUGCGGACUAUAGCUGAUGCUACAAUAGAGAAGGAUGAGUCACAUGCGGGUAAAGUUGUUGAGAGGCACUGGUAUGAGAAGAACAAACACAUUUUCCCUGCUUCAAGAUGGGAGAUAUAUGACCCAUCAAAGAAGUGGGAGCGUUACACCAUCCAUGGAGAUUGAUUUAGUAGCUGGAUUUGUUUAUUAUUUCACAAAGACGUGGGAAGUUUGUGUUAUCAACUGCAUGAGCACUAGUUUUGUACUUUUUUUUUUUUUUGUGUCUUUUCAUUUCAGUAUCAUGAUGUAUUUAAGUGCAGUUGGUAGUGGAUGGAGUUAUAAUGAUUUAGUCAUUGAUCAUGAAUCUUCUACUUGGCAGUUUGGUCAGAAAAUACAUCUUUUACUGCUGCAAGAAUUCAGCAUAAUUAAUUAGCAUGCUAUAAUCAACAUCCUUUCCAUGUCAA